UGCAGCAUUAGCUGGAUGCUAACUGCUGUUCAACAACACAAAGAAGAAGAAUGCUCCACUAGGGAAACAGGACUUGUGUAGUGACAGUCCACCGACCUGUCUGCAGUGUGUUAUAUGUCACUAGCUGGCACUGCUAAUGUAAGCUCUUUGUAGCUUGUUUAUCAUCUUUUUCUUACGACAGCCAAAUGAACGUGACGUUGACGUCAGACGAACACAGCUGAUACCCUCGCGUGCAGAAAUGGCAGACGAAGAAAUAGACUACAAUAUCGUGUUUCCAGAUGCGGUCACGUCGGAGAGACACUGGCCGGGGACAAAGGAGCCGGUUGUGAUUCUGUUGGGCUGGGCUGGCUGCAAAGACAGACACCUCUCCAAGUACAGCUCCAUCUACAAUGAACAGGGAUGUGUCACCAUCCGUUACACAGCUCCCCUGAAGACGGUCUUCAUCUCGGAGUCCUUUGGCUACAAGGAGCUGAGCAGUACGGCCCUUAAGCUGCUGGAGAUCCUCUAUGACUACGAGGUGGAGAACAGUCCUAUUUUCUUUCACAUAUUCAGUAACGGUGGCUUCAUGCUGUACCGUUACAUGAUAGAGUUGCUGCACAGUGAUAAACAGUUCAGUUCCUUGUGUGUGAUUGGGGCCUUGGUGGACAGCGCCCCGGGCAGCGGCAAUGUUCGUGGGGCCCUGCGCGCACUGACGGCCACCCUGGGCCCCAAAAUAACUCCCGUUUUACGGUACGUCCUGUUGGCCCUUUUCGCGGUAACUGUGUUCCUGUUGCGAGUCGUGCUGUACCCUUUGACCAAGUACAUCCACAAGAAUCACUACGACGCGGUGCAGGACAGGCCGCCCGCCUGGCCCCAUUUUUACCUGUACUCCAGAGCCGACCAGGUGAUCAGGCACAGGGACAUCGAGAUCUUCCUGGAGGCUCUGAAGCAAAAGGGCGCCCCGGCGGACAGCUUUGAUUUUGUCUCCAGUCCCCACGUCGGCCACUUCCGGGAUUUCCCCGAGCAAUAUGCUCUCAAGUGCCGCAAUUUCCUGGUUGCCUGCAUGAAGGACUUGGAAGGGAACGAGACAAAGAAGAGACAGAGGGUCCAGAAUCAGUGAACCCGGGGAGAGAAGCUCACAAGAUUUUGCUGACCAAUUGUUAACCAAUCUUUUUAGGAAAAAUGGACCACUUCCCAGUUGUCUGACCAAAAACUGUUGCAAAAACGCAGAUACAUUUUGCAAGACGGCUGGAAUUUGAGCUGAACUAUUUCAAGAUCUCGGCGAAGUAUGCCCGUCCCAGUGCACAUAAUGUGGAGGUCCCACAGAUUUGGUCAAGGUGUACUUUGCCUAAUCCAUUUCUGGAAAACCAACCAAACGUGUGCGGAACAAAGGCUUAACCCUGCCUUCUCCAAUGUGUUUGCAACAGUCAUAGCCCGUAUGUAAAAAAAUUAACAAUACAAACACUUGCUAUACACUGGAAAAUGAAAUCCUUUAGGAUCAUUUAAAUGGUAUUAAAUAUUGCUGUGAAAUGUGAUGCAUUGUACAUUAGCGGUAGUGAUUUUAAAACUGAGACUGGGUAUUUGAUAAUAAUUUGUAUCUUCUAUUUAUUAAAUUUAUGAUGUAUUUAUGAUUUUGAACCUCUCAAUUUGCCUUUUUAAAAUCAAAUCAUAAUGGCGCUUACAACGAAGGCAACGUUGAAAAAUUCAUAAUUAAAAAAAAUAUAUAUAUAUAUAAUAAAAAGUCAAACAUUUUGCCUUAAACAGCAAAUGCCUUUUUGGGAAGAAAUGUAGAAUACCCAGUCCUAAUAUGUGAUAUACUUGACUUAGUUGAAGUAAAAGGUAAUUGACAAUGAAUGUUUAUGUCCAGCACAGCUAUUGUGUUCUUUCUAACUGAUGUGCCUUCAAUAAAUUAGAAUGCUCGUAGAAACCUUUUGUCAGCCUUCUU